GGUAUGCUGACCAGGCGCUGCCUGCUGGUCUUCCACAGACACAUGUCCAUUGUCAACAGGCCAGCAGCUGCACAACAGAAGGACCCUGGCUCCAAAUUCACAGGGGAGGGCUUCUCUGACCAGGCCUGGAGUGUGGAGCAGAUGCAGGUACUGGAUAAGUUCUGGGGCCACAGCUGUGUGCUGCUGCUUGCCUACUUGGGGCCCCAUCACCACAAGUGGGGGCUUCUGGUGACAGGAAGCACUGAUGGCUGUGCCAAGGUGUGGCAGGUGGCUGGUGGCAAGUGCCUGCACAGGCUGCACGGACACUCUGGUACCGUCCUGAACCUGCUGCUUGUUUCUGGACAUAUGGUCUACACUAGUGGCACUGACGCCAUGAUUCAUACUUGAGACAUUUUGAGUGGGAAGCAGCUGGAACACCAGGACUCUGUCAUUUGCAGCUGGGACUUCUGUACAUGCACCUUCAAUGUACAGUCAGGAGUGCUGCAAAGGGUAUUUUGGGACCACAGCUGCAUCAUCUAAUGUGUGCAGGAAGCACCCCCAUGCACACCCCCAGUGCCCCAACCCCCAGGGAUGCUGGGGACUACAGGAGGUGGUGGUGCUCCCAGGCUGGUGCUCAUGCCACAUCCCCCACAGCUCGCCACCCUGGGAGGCUACCAGGGAAGCCAGGUAGUCAUAGUAAAGAAGGGCUCAGCGCACACCAGCAAGCACCACACUGCCUGA